GGGUGGCCCGGGCGGUGCUCCUCCGGCGCGUGACCGUCCACUGCCAUGGCUGGUCCGGGGGCUGCUUUCCGCCGCCUGGGCGCUUUGUCCGGAGCUGGGGCCUUAGGCUUGGCCUCCUACGGGGCGCACGGAGCCCAGUUUCCGGAUGCCUACGGGAAGGAGCUCUUUGACAAGACCAACAAACACCACUUCUUACACAGCCUGGCCCUGUUAGGGGUGCCCCUGUGCAGAAAGCCCCUCUGGGGAACAUGGGUUCGAGCCCUGGUCUGGGAAGAUCCCACAUGCCGCGGAGCAACUAGGCCCGUGAGCCACAACUACUGAGCGUGCGCGUCUGGAGCCUGUGCUCCGCAACAAGAGAGGCCGCGAUAGUGAGAGGCCCGCGCACCGCAAUGAAGAGUGUCCCCCGCUUACCGCAACUAGAGAAAGCCCUCGCACAGAAACGAAGACCCAACACAGCCAUAAAUAAAUAAAUAAAUAAAUACAUAAAUAAAUAAAUAAAGGAGU